GGCAUCAAAUUUAAUAACGCUCACGACAUUGGACUUUGGAGUUCGACGUAGUGCAGUGGUACAAUCUACACAUACCUAAACAAGAUAUCUGGAUUUAGAGUAACUGCCAGAUCUAAUAUGCAAACAUCAUGAAGCAAGUUAUAAUCAUAAUUCUAAUACUGAUCUCAUCGACAACUGUCCUCUGCUACUGUCCGAAAGAUAAGAUACAUGGAAUUGAAAAAUGUUCCUAUCGAAUUGAAUGUAUUGAAACAAUAAAGGACAUAAGGCUCGACAAUGAAUGCACGGGUGCCGCCAAUAUUGACAUUAAGAUAGACGUCACUCUCCGGAAUGCUACAGACAGCUUCAAUCUCAAGGCAGACACUGAUUUUCUUUCCAUGAUUACAACCCUGAGAAUGUUUGGUAAUUGGCCACGAACCGAUCUACCAUUUUUGGAUAGCAUGCAUCGCCUCAGGAACGUAUACCUUACUUAUAGCAACAUGCAAAAGAUAAACGAUAGUCCAUUUCGAAACCUUAUCAAUUUAGAAAGUAUUGAUCUAUCUCACAAUAGCCUAUCUGAAAUCGAAGAACUCUUUCAAUUUGAUAUACGUCCAUUUAAAAUGCGUAAAUUAUCACUGGCGUUUAAUUUGAUAGAAGAAGUGCCUGGUUAUACAUUUGAAGCUCUUACAAGUCUACAAGAAUUAGAUCUGUCUCAUAAUUUAAUUAAAGAAUUAAGCGAGGAGCCGUUUUGUAAUCUUACCAAUCUAGUUGUUCUGAGACUGAACAACAACAACAUUGUAUAUCUUAACGGUGCUAUGAACAAUUUAACAAAUCUGCAACAUUUAUACUUGAGGUAUAAUCAGAUCGAAAAUAUUGAUAUGGAAUCUUUGAAAACAAUUAACCAUUUACAAACAUUCGAUAUUUCUAAUAAUAAAAUAGAAAUUCUACAACCUAUAAUAUUUUCAAGGCACUGGGAUCACUUUAACGAUCGAUCAAUUUUCAGAAUUAUUUUAUCAGAAAAUCGAAUUGUCUUGCUGCAUAAUGCUACCGAUUUUUAUGAUAGAUUCAAAAAAAAGUUAUUAAAAAAUGAAGUCCAGCUGAUAACUCAGCUGGAUUUAUCUAAGAACUCCAUAAGCCACAUCGAAUACAACGCCUUUCAUUCAAUUGGUCGACUUGAUUCAUUGGAUUUAUCAAAUAAUAAACUAUUGAGUUUCAAUGUAAACUCAGAGGAUCUCAUGUACGUUAAAUAUUUAAAUUUGAGUUGCAAUUCAUUAAAUAGUUUGUACUACGAAAGUUUCUCACUGAUGCAUAAUUUGCAAAACUUGGAUUUAUCGCACAAUUUAAUGGAUUAUUUCCCGGAUCAAUCACUAUCAAAUACUUAUAAGUUAAAAAAUCUCAAUGUGACUUAUAAUUAUAUCGAAGAAAUCCAUAACCUGAGGAUAACUUUUCAUUCUGAAGGCGGAGUCUUGGAUCUCUCAAACAAUGGCUUAUCAACCAUAUAUAUACCCGUAGAUGAGGCGUUAGGAUUAACUGAACUUAUUCUCAGCUCUAAUAACAUAUCAGAUGCAUAUUUAAUAAGAUUAGCGGACCAACGCAAUCUCACAAAACUGGACAUGAGUAAGAACUUUAUUCAAGAAUUAGAUGAAUCGUCUUUACAAUUACCUAAUUCGAUUGUAUGUUUGGAUUUAAGUUUUAAUGAUAUCCAAGUCAUUGGCCCGUCGGCAUUUCAUCGCGUCAAACAAUUGAAAACACUAAGAUUAUCUCACAAUCGAAUAAAAACUAUCGAGUUUGGUGUUUUCCGGGGAUUAACUGAGCUAUUGAACUUGGAUCUGUCCUAUAAUGAAAUCGAAAUGUUAGAUUCGAAGGUUUUUAUGGAUUUAAAGUUUUUAAGCGUACUGUCUUUGCGGCACAAUGGUUUAAAUUUUAUUGAUCGUGACAGCUGGCUAACACAUAAACACAAUUUAAAAGUUUAUUUGGAUGACAAUCAACUUUCUUGUGAUUGGCUCGCGAAGGCAUUAUCUGACUUCAACAACGGAUAUUCGAAGAUGUAUCCAACUGUUUUAGUUUCAACUAUUAGUGGACAUUCGAUAGAAGGGAUUCCGUGUAAACAAGAAGUGGGAUUUAUAUCAGACCCUCAAGCAAAAUAUAUGAUAGAUGAAAGGCUUUUGAUUACAAGUCAGAAGAUUCUAAAAGCUGUGCAAGAUCAGACAUCGUUUUUGAGUAAGUUUGUAUUGCGUUCAUAUCGCCAUGGUGCUGAUCCAGAUCUUGUUAAAUAAGAACAUAAUAUACAUACAUACUUCAUUGUAUACUUAAUAGUUUUUCCAAGUGAUUUUUUUUAAUGAAUAAUUCAUCAUUUAUAUACGAAUUAUAUGUUUUUUAUUGUUACACUGUAAAAAAGAUAUCGUAUUUGUAAAUUCUUUUUUUUUAAAUAAAGAUAUAAUAUACAUA